UCUUGUCUCCUGGAAAUAAACAAAAAUAAGGUAGCGAGACUGCGCGGUCUCCGAGCUUGUCCAUUAGUGAUUAAAAAUAUUACAAUCGGUGCGCUUUGUAGCUUCGAAACGUCGCAAAGCAGACAUCAAGUGGUUAUCGUGUGAAAAUGUGUGCAAAAAGUGUGAAAGAUGAGUACGAUAAGGAACUUUGUGAUGAAGCAAAAGAAGAGGACAAGCAACGACGUCAAGUUGUGUUCCACGGAACAGACAUUGGUGAUCUUCAUCCUGGGCAGCUGGAGUGGAGCUCCAGGGUGGAACAGGAGAAUCUAGAGCUCCCCCACAUGAAAGAAGAAAAGGAGGAGAGCCCUCUCAUUAAAGAGGAAGAGGAGGAGCACAGCGUCAGUAAGGAGGGAGAGAAGAUUCAAGGGUUGGAGGAAACCAAUAUCAACAAGUUGCCAUUGAAAAGUGAAGAUGACGAUGAUGAAGAUGAUGGAGACCACUAUGGAGGAUCACAAGCAGACAACCACUUAGCUCCACUGUCAGAUAGUGAUGCCAUAACAUCACACUCCUCCGACAGUGAUGAUGACGAACACUCCAAAGAUGGUACGACAUGUCACACUGACAAAAAACACAUGAAAUGUUCUCAAUGUGACAAAACCUUUUUCAGCAAGUCAAUGUUGAAAAGGCACAUGAGAACCCACACUGGGGAGAAACCUUUUUCUUGCUCAAUUUGUGGCAAAAAAUUCACUUGGAAAACAGGUUUGAUAAGGCACACAAGAAUGCAUACAGGUGAGAAACCUUUUGUCUGCUCCGUUUGCGGUGAAAGAUUCGCUCAUAAGGAGCAACUGGGAAGACACACAACAACACACACUGGAGGGACACAUUUUGCCUGCUCAGUUUGUGGUAAAACAUUCACGUGGAAGACCGGUUUGAUUCGGCACACUAGAUCACACACUGGAGAGAGACCUUUUGCCUGCUCAGUUUGUGGUAAAAGCUUUAAUCAGAAGACAACUUUAAUAAGGCAUAUAAGAACUCACACUGGGGAGAAACCUUUUGCCUGCUCAGUGUGUGGCCAAAGAUUCACUCAGAAGGGAAAUUUAGAAAAACAUGCCAGGAGUCACAAUUUGGUUUUCCCAAGUGUCAACUUUUGCCUGCUCAAUCUGCCGCCUGACUUUCUUUAAUCAAACAGGAAUAGUGGUCGGUAUCUGUCUACAUUCUAUCUUUUUUUGUUUGUCACAAGAUCAAAGUGCUGUGACAAACCAAAACAAGUGGAGUUUUUAUCUGUCUGUGCGGAAAGAAUAUUUCACUUGGCCGGAUUUCUUGAAUUGGGAUUGUUAAAACUAGAAAUAAGCAUAUCGGCACAUGUAUUUCGAAGGCUUAGAAUGGUUUUGCAGCCCCUAAAUAAGUGAAAUAUAUUUUUGAGAUAUACAGUAUUCCUGAAAAUGUGUUGUGUUUACAAAUAAAGAUUGAUGAAUGUGUG